AUGUCGUUCGCGUGCCCAAUUGCGAACACACCGUCCGCCGCCCGUGUGCGGCACGACAGUAAGGUGUCGUCAGGCAGGGCGACGCCGUCACUGGCACGCAUCAAUACCAACACCUCCGACCCAACCAGCGAUGACCAAGCUACUCACUCUUUCAAUACAGGUGCAUCUGGAAGCUUUGGCAGCAGCUUCGGCCAUUAUCGGUACGACUCGCAAGUCCUGACUUCACCGGCCAGCGUACAAGGCAGCUUUGGUGCCAGCGGCUUGUCUACUCCGCUGUGGAGCAACGUACAGUCACCGCUCCUCCGCACGCGUACAGAGAGUCGCAUUUCGAUCAGAGGCUGGGUGAAUGAGUUGAUUCUCAUUCCUGACAUUCGAUCCAAGUUUGGCAGACGUCGAGCUCAAAAGAUCGCGAAAGGAGAUCGUCGUGCGAACAAGCCAAAACAAGCCAACCUGCUCGACAAAGAGGGAACGAAGAAGCUCAGUAACUUUUGGGGUCUUGCGGAAGCUUCCAAGGUAGACGACGAUCAAGAGUCCUCGGAAGAGGAAGAAUCUUCCUCGCCGGAAGUCAGGCUCACCUUCGAACAAUUUAUUCGACACGACAAUACACGUGCCCAAGACGCAUCGGAGAACACCAUCCGCGCAAGGUUCCAUCCUCGACUCAGCUCGGUCUCGGAGCAUCGCGUUGUUCGGCACGACUCUGGUGUCGACAUCAUCAUGGACGCUUCACGACUCGAUCCAGGCUCGCGCAUUAUGGCCGACCUGCAAGAAAAGACGCGUAGGGUCAAAGAUGCAAAAGACAUGUACGAGACCAUCGUGCGCAAUGCUGAACGCUCAAACACAUCCGUGCCCCCAUACGAGUUCCUUGAGCUCAUUGGUAAAGGCGCUUAUGGGCGCGUCUACAAAUGCAGAGAUAAGCGCAACGGCAAUCUGGUAGCCAUCAAGAUUAGUAAUAUUGAUGACCUGGACUGGGACGCCAACUAUGCGAUUCAAAAUCCGCGGGAUGCGAACAUCAAGGAUUUCAGAAACGAGGUCAGCGUGCUGAAGCAGCUGAGGGAUAACAAUGUCCCAAACGUGAAUGUGAUACACGAUGCCUUUGAUCUGCAUUCUCAGCUCUGGAUCAUUGCCGACUAUUGCACUGGUGGCAGUGUGCGAACUUUGAUGCGACCUUUCGAGAAGAAUGGUAGACCCGCUGGGCUACCGGAGCACUACAUUAUUGCAAUUGCCCGAGAACUCGCAAUGGCUCUGAAAGGAAUGCAUGAUCUUCACAUCAUACACCGCGACAUCAAGUGCGCCAACGUGUACAUCACAGAAGAUGGCGAGAUUCAGCUGGGAGAUUUUGGCAUCGUGGGAAACCUCGAAGACAGCAACGCCAAACGCAAGACCGUCAUUGGUACGCCGCACUGGAUGCCGCAAGAGAUGCUUCUCAAACUUGACAAUAGCACCUUGGAAGUGGGAUAUGGCACUGAGGUCGAUAUCUGGUCGUUUGGUAUCACAAUCUUCGAGAUGGCAACCGGAGCGCCACCAAACACGAAGGUAGCCGUUGAUAGCUUGGGCGAUAUGCUCAAGCUGUCGGGCCCUCCCCGCCUCGAGAGCGAAGAGUACUCUCCCGAUCUACGAGACCUCAUUUCGUUCUGCCUCAACCUUGAUGCCAAAGCGCGACCUACUGCAAAGGACGUUCUUGAGCACCCCGCGAUUUUCAACACAAGCGAGAAGUACCCGACUAGCGGUCUCAUUCGUUUAGUGGAGCGCUUCAAGAUGUGGGAACACGGCGGUGGCUCUCGUACAUCGCUAUGGAUCGCCGGACCCACGGAUCCCAAGAUUCAGCUCGAAGGCGAGGAUGCGCCGAUAGUGGAAGAUGUGGACCCGUUGGACGGCUGGAACUUCAGCACAUCGGAGGACUUUGACAGAAGGUUUAGUCAGAUGCCGAUUGUGACUGAACCUCUUGGAUUGGAAGCGGCAGAAGCUCAGGCUGGAUCCAGGCUGCCGCCAUUGAGUACCACCAACCUCAGCGUAGCUGAACGCAUCAAGAGAGAGUGGGUCGAUAAGUCUGCAACAAGAGGCGAAAAGUCGCUGGCGCCAAUCUUUGACCAGAAUGUUGGCUACCAGAUUGCCACACCAGUUGAGGAACCCAGCCCGUCACCACCAUCAGACCUGCCACUGCGGAAUUUCACUAGUAAUGCUCCAACUAGGGAAAGCAUGAUCGAGAUCGACCUGGAUGCAGCCGACCAUGGGGGUACAGCCACUUCCACGUUUGCCCUACACAUGGAUGCCAUCAACGAAGACACGGUGAAGCCGGCAUCGCGACAUCACGACGAUGAUGAAGAUGAAGAGUACCAAUAUGGUCAGGCUAGCGAUUCGAGCAAACGCGACACUAUGGCCUGGACAUUCCCCCCUGCUGCAGAACCUGCUCCAGUUCUUCGACCAUUGGCUCCACAAACGAAGCGUGGCACUAUGGACUGGUCUUUCUCGACUGCGGAGCCAGUACAGGCUGAUGAGGAUGAUAUCUCAUUCGGGCCACCACCAUUUCCUGCCAGUGAUGACUUGCCACCUGGCUUCCGGCCCGGACUGAAGCACUCUACGACAGAGCCCAUAGGCCACUUCGGCGGCGGCGACUAUUCGCAUAGCAUGGGUUCAUUAGAUCCUUCUCCCCUGCGUAGCUCGGUGUCUUCGAUGAUUGACCUGGAUAUGGGCCUCGUUGACCCUCCUAUCCGCUUACAUGACCCUGCAGACAUCAUACGGCCUUCGACGGCAAGCUCGACAGCCGGGUCGACGAUGACUGACAUGACCUCGGGCAAUCCCUUCGAUCUCGAAGACGACCCGAUUCAGAACGAGAGUGAUCGCAACCGCUUUUCAUAUCACAAGCAGUGGACAUCGGAAGGCGGGCCUAUCAAGAGGCACAGCCACAAAACAAUGCAAAUGCAUUCCCGUGGAACAAGCUUGUCAAGCACUGAGACGGACCCGGAACACUUUCUGUCCUCUAACGGUGGCGUUGACGAUCGUCGCCCGUCUCUGCCAUUCGGCGCAGACAUUGGAUUCUCACCGGAUGAUUCAAACCCUUGGCCGGACUUCUCGAGCUUCAAUGGAUACGACACAAGUCCAGAGUACAUGUCAGCUAUGAACGACCUACCACACUUGGAAGACCCUAUGCCUUCUAUUGAACCUCUCUCUUUCAACGGGAAUCCACUCAGCGCCACUGAUUCAUUUGGGACCGAACUUCCAGUACCUGAGAUCGAGUUUCCAGUCAUCGAAUCUCUUCAUACGGACGCUCUGGCAGAAGAUGCUGACCCACAAAUGCUUAUCGACCAGUUUGAGCGCAGUCUGCGAGAUCUGGAUGGUGCGAUUAGCGGUUCAUGGCGCGCUUUGCGGCAGUAUGCCAACAUAGAUGGCGACGACGAUGACGAUCUGAUCUCUGACAAUGAGAGCGGGUUCGAGAGUAUGAAGGAGGAGGAUGAAGGCGAUGAAGUUGAAGGUCUGGACUUGACUGUCCGUCGCAAACCUCGCAAGCCUGAGCCUCGUUCGCCGUCUAGUGUUACAAGCACUCAGAACGAUGACUCUGCAGCUUGA